AUGACCGCCUCGGCAGCAGCAUUCGAGGGGGUCGUCCCCAGCGCAGACAGCGGGAUGGUGAAUGGCGCAACUUCCGCUCCGGCAGCCUCGCACUCGGCGGUCACGCACACUACCCCGCCCUCGUCCCCGCUGCCCCCGUCCAUGUCGCCCACGGCGUCUACUCGGGUCCUGGCGCCUCGGUCGGCCUCGUACGCUGCCCCGCCAGUCCGUAUCCCGGGGAGCUUGUACCCGCCUGCUACGCUCAAGGGGAUUGACUCGAACGGGAUGCCGGAAGAGCCGGAGUGGAGCCCGGAUAUGGGCGAGGGGGAUAUGGUGCUUGAGCUGGCGGAUGGGCUGGCUCUUGCUGGUCACUCGUUCGGUGCGGACAAGAGCAUCGCUGGGGAAUGUGUCUUCCAGACUGGGAUGGUCGGCUACCCCGAGUCCUUGACGGACCCGUCGUACUCUUCCCAAAUCCUCAUCCUCACAUAUCCUCUUAUCGGCAACUACGGUGUCCCCGAGCGGCCGUCUACCGAGACCUCCUCUACCCCCACCUCGACCGACGCGCACAAUGUCCCUCCCUCCACCUCCCUCCUCGACGCGCUUCCGCUCGAGUUCGAGUCGUCCCACAUCCACGUCGCGGCGCUCGUGGUUGCCAACUACCACCCGUCGUACUCGCACCACCUUGCCGACAGCUCGCUCGGCAAGUGGCUCAAGGAGCAGGGUAUCCCGGCCAUCUGGGGUGUCGACACCCGGAUGCUCACCAAGAAGAUCCGGGAGGGCGGUGUACUGCUCGGAAGGGUGCUGGGCAAGAAGGUGAUCCCGGCUCAGCCGGAGCAGGAGCGGGGACGGGAGAAGUCGGGCGUCCUCGGCGGUGUCUCUCGCCUCCUCAAUGGUCUCUCAGCCUCGCCAAUGGCUCGCUCGGCCUCCACGGACGCUCGCGACCCUAACGAGUGGAAGCAGCACUACAACACCGUCCCGUUCUCGGACCCCAACACCGAGAACCUUGUCGCCAAGGUAUCGACCAAGGAGCCGACGCUCUACACGCCCAUCACUGGCUCGGACGUCAAGCUGCACCCCAAGACCCAGAAGCCGCUUCGCGUGCUGGCGGUGGACGUGGGGAUGAAGUGGAACCAGAUCCGGUGUUUCCGGAAGCGGGGUGUCGAAGUCCAGGUCGUCCCUUGGGACUAUGACUUCAACUCGACCUCGGAACACUUUGACGGUCUUUUCGUCUCGAACGGUCCGGGCGACCCGUCCAUGGUCACCGAGACCAUCGCCAACCUCUCGCGCGCCAUGGCGGGUGCCAAAGUCCCCAUCUUCGGUAUUUGUCUCGGACACCAGCUUCUCGCGCUCGCCUCCGGCGCAUCUACGCGCAAGAUGAAGUACGGAAACCGAGGGAUGAACCUUCCGUGCACGUGCUCCACAUCGGGCCGGUGCUACAUCACCUCGCAGAACCACGGGUACGAGGUCGACGUCUCGUCCCUCAAGCCCGGGUGGGAGCCGCUUUUCACCAACGCGAAUGAUGGGUCCAACGAGGGUAUCUGGAUGGGGAAGGACGGUCAGCCGUUCUUCUCUGUCCAGUUCCACCCCGAGUCGGCUCCGGGACCGCGGGACACCGAGUUCCUUUUCGACGUGUUCAUCCAGAGCAUGGUCGAUUCGGCGCGCGAGGGAAAGCUCGUGCCCAUCGAUAUCCCCGGCGGGGAGAUCAAGGCCAACAUGGCUGUUCGUCCUCGCGAGACGGUCCGCAAAGUCCUCGUCCUCGGUUCCGGCGGUCUGUCCAUCGGCCAAGCGGGAGAAUUCGACUAUUCGGGAUCUCAAGCGAUUAAGGCGCUCAAAGAGGAGGGUAUCUACACCAUCCUCGUCAACCCCAAUAUCGCAACUAUCCAGACGUCCAAAGGUCUCGCGGACAAGGUCUACUUCUUGCCGGUCACGGCGGACUUUGUGCUCAAGAUUAUCAAGCACGAGAAGCCGGACGGGAUCUACUGUACCUUUGGCGGUCAGACCGCCUUGGGCGUAGGGAUCAAGCUCAAGGAUGAGUUUGCCAAGUAUGGCGUCAAGGUGCUGGGCACGCCGAUCGAGACGAUCAUCACGACGGAGGAUCGAGAGAUGUUUGCUCGGGCGAUGGAGGAGAUUGGGGAGAAGUGCGCCGAAUCGGCUACUGCGACCAACUACUCGGAGGCGGUCGUUGCGGCGCAAAAGAUCGGGUUCCCAGUCAUUGUCAGAGCGGCGUUCGCGCUCGGCGGUCUGGGGAGUGGGUUCGCCAAGAAUGAAGAGGAGCUGGCGGAGUUGUGUAGCAAGGCGUUUGCGAUCUCACCGCAGGUGCUCGUGGAGAAGAGUAUGAAGGGGUGGAAGGAGAUCGAGUACGAGGUGGUUAGGGACUGCAUGAACAACUGUAUUACAGUCUGUAACAUGGAGAACUUUGACCCGCUCGGUAUUCAUACUGGAGACUCUAUCGUCGUUGCCCCCUCCCAGACCCUGUCGGACGCCGAUUACAACAUGCUCCGUACCACCGCCGUCAAUGUCAUUCGUCACCUCGGCGUCAUUGGCGAGUGCAACAUUCAGUACGCACUGAACCCCCACUCGCAAGAGUACUGCAUUAUCGAAGUCAAUGCUCGUCUUUCGCGUUCCUCGGCCCUCGCGUCCAAAGCGACCGGCUACCCCCUCGCCUUCAUCGCGGCCAAGCUCGGUCUCAACAUCCCCCUCAACGAGAUUCGGAACUCGGUCACCAAGCUCACGUCGGCGUGCUUUGAGCCGUCGCUCGACUACUGCGUCGUCAAGAUCCCACGGUGGGACUUGAAGAAGUUCUCGAGGGUCUCGACGGCCCUCGGAAGCUCGAUGAAGUCGGUCGGAGAGGUGAUGGCGAUCGGGCGGACGUUUGAGGAGACGAUCCAAAAGGCGAUCAGGUGUAUCGAUGAUCAGUUCCCUGGGUUCGGGGACCAUGUGCAGGUCGAGGACUUAGAUACGGAGCUGGCGAACCCGACGGACAAGCGGUUGUUUGCGAUCGCGACGGCGUUCGAGAAGGGUUACUCGGUGGAUAAGAUCCACGAGAUGAGUAAGAUCGACAAGUGGUUCUUGACCCGCUUGGAGAGGAUCUCAAAGACUGAGCAGGUCAUCGGACACUACAAUGCGACGUCCGUUCCGACCGAGCUCAUCCGAUAUUCCAAGCAACUCGGCUUCUCGGACCGUCAAAUCGCCAAAGGUCUCCACACCAACGAGCUCGCGGUCCGUCGUCUCCGUAUCGAAGCUGGCAUCACCCCCUUUGUCAAGCAGAUCGACACGGUCGCUGCCGAGUUCCCGGCGUACACCAACUACCUCUACACCACGUACAAUGCUAGCGAGCACGACGUCGACUUUGUCGAUAACGGCGUCAUGGUCCUCGGAUCGGGGGUGUACCGGAUCGGGUCCUCGGUCGAGUUUGACUGGUGCGCCGUUCGGGCUAUCCGGACGCUCAGGGAGAAUGGCCUUAAAACCGUCAUGAUCAACUACAAUCCCGAGACGGUGUCUACGGACUAUGACGAGGCGGAUAAGCUCUACUUUGAGAAUAUCUCGCUAGAGACCGUCAUGGACAUUUAUGACCUCGAGCGGUCGUCCGGUCUCGUCCUCUCCAUGGGUGGUCAAACACCCAACAACAUCGCGCUCGCGCUGCACCGGCAGAAUGUCAAGAUCUACGGGACAUCGCCCGAGAUGAUUGAUUCGGCGGAGAACCGGUUCAAAUUCUCCCGGAUGCUCGACAAGAUCGGCGUGGACCAGCCCCUCUGGAAAGAGCUUACAAGCUUUGCAGAGGCGCAAGGGUUCUGCGACAAGGUUGGGUACCCGGUCCUCGUCCGUCCGUCCUACGUUCUUUCGGGCGCGGCCAUGAACGUCGUCUUCACCCAGGACGACCUGGAGAAUUACCUUACCCAGGCGACCGACGUCUCCCGGGACCACCCCGUCGUCAUCUCCAAGUAUAUCGAGGAGGCCAAGGAGAUCGAGAUGGACGCGAUCGCGCGGGACGGAAAGAUGGUCAUGCACUACAUCUCGGAGCACGUCGAGAAUGCCGGUGUCCACUCCGGAGACGCUACCCUUAUCCUGCCCCCGCAGGAUCUGGAUCCCGAGACUAUCCGGAAGAUCGAGGACGCUACGGCCAAAAUCGGAGCGGCGCUCAACGUCACCGGACCGUACAAUAUCCAGUUCAUCGCCAAGAACAAUGAGAUCAAGGUCAUCGAGUGUAAUCUCAGGGCGGCGCGGUCAUUCCCCUUCGUCUCCAAGGUGACGGGUAUCGACGCCAUCGAGAUCGCUACCAAGGUCAUGCUCGGCUUCCCGGUCACGCCGUACCCGGACGUGAAGAUGCCGGCCAACUACGUCGGUGUCAAGGUCCCCCAAUUCUCCUUCUCGCGGCUGUCGGGCGCGGACCCUAUUCUCGGUGUCGAGAUGGCCUCGACCGGCGAGGUCGCCUGCUUCGGCAAGGACAGGUACGACGCCUACCUCAAGGCGCUCAUUUCUACCGGUAUCGUCCCUCCCAAGAAGAACAUUCUUCUUUCUAUUGGGUCGUUCAAGGAGAAGCUCGAGAUGCUCCCGUCGGUCCACAAGCUCCACCGUAUGGGCUACAACCUCUUUGCUACGGCCGGGACGUCCGACUUUAUGCAGGAGCACGGCGUACCCGUCAAGUACCUCGAGGCUUUGGGGGCUGACGACGAGUCCAACCCCCAAAAGGCCGAGUACUCGCUCGACCAGCAUCUCGCCAAUAACCUGAUUGAUCUCUAUAUCAACCUGCCGUCCAAGAACCGGUUCCGUCGGCCCGCAUCCUACAUCUCCAAGGGAUACAAGUCGCGGCGGAUGGCGGUCGACUUUGCGGUACCCCUCAUCACCAACGUCAAGUGCGCCAAGCUCUUCAUUGAGGCGAUCCUCCGCAAACCCACCUUUGACAUUUCGUCUAUCGACUACAAGACGUCGCACGAGACACACACCCUUCCCGGUCUCGUGUCCAUCCAGGCAUUCGUACCCGGCGCGGCCGACUCCAACUCGGGCGACUUUGGCGCGGCCACCUCGGCGGCGAUCCGGGGCGGUUUCACCAUCGUCUCGAUGCUCCCCCAAGGCGUCACCUCAGCGGUCGAGGACGAGAUCUCUCUGCAGCGCGCCCAGUCCAACGCGUCGGGCUCGGCACACUGUGACUACUUCUUCUCGGUCGCUGCGACCGCGGAUAACGCCUCUCGACUCGACGACGCUAUUGCUGCCGGCGCCAAAGCCCUCUUUAUCCCCUUCAACAACUUUUACGGAUCGGGCAACAAGGUCUCGUCCGUCGCGAGCCACUUUGCCGCUUGGCCAGCAGACAAGCCCAUCAUUACCGAUGCGCGCAAGACGGACCUCGCGUCCAUCCUGUUGCUGGCGAGUCUGAACGGGCGGAGCGUGCACGUUGCCGGCGUGAAUAGUAGGGAUGAUAUCCUGCUUAUUGCGCUGGCGAAGGAGAAGGGACUGGCGGUUACGUGUGACGUGGCUAUCUACUCGCUCUUCUACUCGCAGGCUGACUACCCUACCGCCCUUUGUCUCCCGACCAAGGAGGACCAGGAGGCGCUCUGGGCCAACAUGGCGGUCGUAGAUGCGUUUGCGGUCGGGGUGUUGCCGUACGAGCUGGGCCAGGUGCUUGGCAAGCAGGUGUCUGCGCAGUCGGGCGUGGAGGAGGCGUUGCCUCUGCUCUUGUCGGCGGUGGCGGAGGGCAAGUUGACGCUCGAGGACGUCUCGCUCCGUCUCUCCGAAAACCCCCGGGCGAUCUUUGGUCUUCCCGAGCAGCCCCAGACGUAUGUCGAAGUCGAGGUCAGCCGGAAAUCUACCUUUGCAGCGCCGGCGGGCGUAUGGUCACCCCUUCAGGACAAGCCGGUCUCGGGCGGUGUGCACCGUGUGGUCAUCAACAACCACUCGGUCUUUUUGGACGGGUCGACCUUCUCCCUCCCCCUCGGCCGGGACAUCAGCAUCACUGGUCCUCGAUCCGGCUCCAAGCCCUCCAGAGUCUCCUUCUCCUCCACCCACCGCCCCAGCAUCGUCUCUCCAGGUCUGGAGCGCGGAUCCUCCUUCGCCGCCAAGCCAAUGGGCAACCUCAUGUCCCUCGCUUCGGUCGUACCUAUCCGUGAGAUCCGCGAGGCCUCACCGACCCGCUCGGCCAUCACUGUCCAGACCCACCCGGCCUUCACUCGCCAGAACAUCCUCAGCGUCAAGCAGUUCACCAAGGAGGAUCUGCACAUCCUGUUCAAUCUGGCGUCCGAGAUGCGGAACCAGGUCGAGCGGUCUGGCUCUGUAGAUACUCUGCGAGGACGGGUGCUCUGUACGCUCUUCUACGAGCCGUCUACGCGGACAUCGACGAGCUUCGAGGCGGCGAUGAAGCGGUGUGGGGGUGAAGUGGUCAGUGUGACUGCGUCGACGAGCAGCGUGGUCAAGGGCGAGUCGUUGGCGGAUACGAUCCGGACCGUCGGGUGUUACUCGGACGCGGUGGUACUCCGUCAUCCGUCAGUCGGGAGUAGCAAGGCAGCGGCCAAGAGCAGUCCCGUGCCCAUCAUCAAUGCUGGAGAUGGGAUUGGAGAGCAUCCCACGCAGAGUCUCCUGGAUGUGUUUUGUAUCCGGGAAGAAUUGGGGUCUGUGAAUGGUAUCACCGUCACCCUGAUUGGUGAUCUCAAGAAUGGCCGUACCGUUCACUCCCUCGUCCGCCUUCUUUCCCUUUACGACGUCACUCUCAACUUUGUCUCGCCCCCAUCCCUCGCCAUGCCCGAAUACGUCAAGACCGAGGCCUCACGCGCCGGGAUCCAAUGGAGCGAGCACCACUCGCUCGACGAGGUCAUCGGCCGUUCGGAUGUCCUGUACGCCACUCGGGUCCAAAAGGAGCGAUUCGACAAUCUCGACGAGUACGAGGCGGUCAAGGAUCUCUUUGUGAUCAACAACGAUGUCCUUGCCAAGGCCAAGGAAUCGGCGAUUGUCAUGCACCCGCUGCCCAGGACGGCGGAGAUUGAUCCAGAGGUGGACUUUGAUUCGAGGCGGGCGGCGUACUUUAGGCAGAUGCGGUAUGGGCUUUUCGUCCGGAUGGCGCUCUUGACCCUUGUUUUGGGCUCAUAG